CCUGGUGACCACAUCCUGGUGAGGAACCUCAGACGGGCGAAUUGGAAGUCCGAGCACUGGAUUGGUCCGUUCCAGAUUCUACUGGUUACCCGGACGGCCGUGAAGAUCGCGGAGCAUGCGACUUGGAUCCACAUCUCCCACUGCAGGAAGGUCCUGCAUCCCCCCAGAGUAGCACCGGACGGCACUACUCCUACAUCCGAGCACGAGGCCACUGCUCCGACCUCGGCUCCUGUUUUGUGAUCGGCUGAUCACAUAUCCUUUGAAGUGAAAAUUGCACCUGAGCCUAGAAAAAUGGCUGGGUGCAUUGUUGCUAGACUAUUUCUUAUGCUCUUUUUCACCCCAUUCACCUGUGGGCGUGUCCCAGAACUGAUUAAUCAAGACGCCCCCCACCCACCUGUUUUGAGAGCUCAUUCCACCUGGAUCGAUUACUGUACACAUGGGCCCAACAUCUCUGUGACAGCUGGCACCACUAGCACUGUCGUUUUGAACCCAUGUGAUUAUUUUUACUGUUCGGACAUUACUGUUAUGAUAUGGGCCGAAAUGUAUGUCUGUUACAGCGUUCCUGAUGUGUGCCCCACCUGCAGCUCCUGGUCAGAGGCUCUUUGGACAAYGGGUUACUCUGACUGGGGAUACACACUUACGGAUGAUGUCUCUGACAUCAAGAACAGGAUCAAAAUCUGGAAAGUAAACAACACUUCUCCAGCUAUCAUGUUUCACGUUGCAAAUGCUGUUCAAUCUGACACUGGGUUUUAUACCAUUUGUGCUUACAUAACUGGCUACGAUGUUUGUGCACCUUUCUGGCUUUCUGUCCGUGUCCCACAUGUUAUCACCAAGUUAUCUCCUGUUUUCAAGUCCUUAGAUGCUGGGUUUCCUGGGGGUGCUGUCCAUUACCCCCCUGUUUUUGCUGGUGUGGCGUCCAAGGGUCAAGCUGGAAAUUUUUGGUGGAACACGGUCAGGUCUAUUCUUCAAAGUGCUGGCUUAAACACUUCCUGCUAUGCCUGUACAUUGUUUCCACAUGAUGCAAGCAUGUUUCUUCCUGUUAGGCCUCGCCCUUUGAACUCUACUGAUUUCUURUGUGCUUUGAUGGUGCUGACCCCUCCUUUCUUAAAGGGGGCCAACGGCUGGGCUUAUGCUAGAACAGAUCUUCCAGCAYCUUGUGAACACAUGUCUCGUGUUGCAAUCMGAGCCACAGAAAGCAGUGCAUUACGCACUGAUGACUUUUCUUUAUUUGAACCAGUGGGCACUGUUCAUCCCUCAUACAGUUCUAUGUCUCAUCCCUUUUGUGUUCACAGAGCCCGGAGCCCUGAUAAACUUUUCCUUGGCGAGACAGUAGGCUGUCUUCAAAUUGUUGACAGUACCGGGGAGAUAGGAAAUCUCCCAGGUACACAAAUUCCGCCCCCUUUUAACGUCUCUCCCUGCAUUGUUCGCCGUGUGCCUUCUAGGAUUAAAUCACACACACUCUCUUCAUCUUUUGCCAUUCAGGCCUAUCUUCUUGCCUGGCCUGAUGACCUGGGAGCAGGAUGUCCHCAGGAUUAUGUCUGGUUGUGUGGUGUUCAUUAUUUCCAAGUUAUCCCGCCAAAUUGGUCAGGUACUUGCACAUUAGUUGACCUGGUUCCUGUGAUCACUGUGAUAGAUCAGCUUGUUUACACCACMCAUCACUAUCCUCAGUUUGUGCAUUCUUCUUAUGGCAAUCAUAGGUCAAAGAGAUCUGCAUUUGUUUCCACAUGUGACAAGUUAGUGGGUGGUAUUUUUCCUUGGUGGGGAACGGUUCAUCUGGCUUAUAGGUUGGAUUCUUUGCACACUCGACUGGAGAACUUAACUGCUUUUGUUGAGGAAGGCUUUUCUGCUUUAUCUCCCUUCCUAGUAGCAUCGAGAAAUAUGCUGCUCCAGCACCACCUAGCUUUGGAUCUGUUAUUAGCCUCUCAGGGUGGUCUCUGUCAUGUGAUAGGUCCGUCUUGUUGUUCCUAUCUCCCAGAUGUCUCUGGAAACAUUUCUAUGUCUAUUAAUCAUCUUAACAAUCUGCUCUCGGAGAUGAAAGCUGAAGAAACUGUCUCCAUUGCAUUUGAACUGAUUUCAGCAUAUUUGAAUUUAUUCUUAUCCUAGAUUUUGUGGUUUUGAUUUUUUGAUUUUGGAUUUUUAAUGGUUGUGGGUGGAAUAAAAUCUUCCUGAAUGGGGUGGAUAGUCAUUACAACUGAUUGUAAUACAUUUAUUUCUUCAAUUAUUCUCAGGUUCAUUAAAGGUGGUGACCUCUAUUUUUAAA